AGAAGGUGAGGCCAACUGAUCUGAUCUCAUGGACCAGAGAAUGGACACGGAGAACAAGAGUCUGAGCAAAGCUCAAAGAAAGAAAAAGGCAGCAGGACCUGAAACCAGCAAACAGUCCUCUAAGAACUGCUCAACAUGUCCUUCAUGGUGUUGUUGUUUUCGACGACAGAAACAUCAUGAACCUGAACGUGUUCAGACACUUCAACCUGGACCAGUACCUGAACCUCAGAGUGAAACUUACACUAAAGCUUCAUUAAAUCAGAGACUUCCCGAGGACAUGAAGAAAACCUGGCAGGAGAUUUGUCCCAAAGGGGACAAGGAUGCUGAAAUUAAGGAAUGGUUGAAGAACGGUCUGGAAGAUCUGGAGAACAAAGAGUUUAAGCACUUCCACUGGUACCUUCGUACUCCAUACAAGUCCGAGGUUGAUUUCAAACCAAUCAAAAAGACCCGUCUGGAACAUGCAAACAGAUUGGACACAGUAGAUCUGAUGUUUCAGAUGUACACCACAGACACCAGGAAGGUGGCAGACGAUAUUUUCAAGAAGAUAAUUCCACAUGAAGGACAUGAUUUAAAAGUUUGGUUUCUGGACAAAUUGGAAAACCCGGACAAGAAGCAGCUGAAGUUAUUCCAGUGGUACCUUCACACUGCAGACGAGUCCAAGGAUGGCUUCACACCCAUCAAAGAGUCCAAGCUGGAUGGUGCAGACAGUCUGGACACAGCAGAUGUUAUGAUUAAGACAUACACCUCAAACACCAGGGAGGUCACGAAGAAGAUCCUAAAGAAGAUUGAAAGCAAUAAAGACAAAGUUAUACCUGAAACUGAGCAGCAGAUUAAUUCAUCUUCUCCAAGUGAAGAGAAAGAACUCAACAUGAAGCUCAGUGACUUUGUGAAGAAGGUACCAAAAGAAACCUUAACACAACUCACAGAGGAUCUCAUGAGUGCAAACAUCUUGGAGUCAUCGGACAAGGAGAAAAUCUUUCAAAACCGCACCAGAGUAAACAUGGCCACCUGCUUAGUUGACAAAGUGGAGAAAAAUGGAACCUCCAAAAAGCUGAUUGAUCAUCUUCAAACCAAAUAUCCACAACUGUUGUCUGAUGUACAGUCACCUUCUAACCCAGGUCAAGAGUCUAGUAAACAUGUAAGCAACAGCUACUUCAAGGACUGGGAUGAAGGACAAGAGGCUGAAUGGUUGAAGGACCGUUUGGAUGAUCUGGACAACAAAGAGUUUAAGUACUUCCACUGGUACCUUCGUUCUCCAGACAAGUCCGAGGUUAAUUUCAAACCAAUCAAAAAGAGGCGUCUGGAACAUGCAGACAGAUUGGACACAGUAGAUCUGAUGUUUCAGAUGUACACCACAGACACCAGGAAGGUGGCAGACAAGAUUUUCAAGAAGAUAAUUCCACAUGAAGGACAUGAUUUAAAAGUUUGGCUAAUGGACAAAUUGGAAAACCCGGACAAGAAGCAGCUGAAGUUAUUCCAGUGGUACCUUCAAACUGCAGACGAGUCCAAGGAUGGCUUCACACCCAUCAAAAAAUACAAGCUGGAGGGUGCAGACAGUCUGGACACAGCAGAUGUUAUGAUUAAGACAUACAUUGCAAACACCAGGGAGGUAACGAAGAAGAUCCUGAAGAAGAUUGAAAGCAAUAAAGAUAAAGUUAUACCUGAAAUCGAGGAGCAGAUUAAUUCAUCUUCUCCAAGUGAAGAGAAAGAACUCAACAUGAAGCUCAGUGACUUUGUGAAGAAGGUACCAAAAGAAACCUUGACACAACUCACAGAGGAUCUCAUGAGUGCAAACAUCUUGGAGUCAUCGGACAAGGAGAAAAUCUUUCAAUACCACACCAGAGUAAACAUGGCCACCUGCUUAGUUGACAUAGUGAAGAAAAAGGAAAAUGGAACCUCCAAAACGUUGAUUCAUCAUCUUCAAACCAAAUAUCCACAACUGUUGUCUGAUGUGCAGUCACCUUCUAACCCAGGUCAAGAGUCUAGUAAACGUCGCUUCUCUAGCAACACAAAAAAACCUGCAUCCAGCGAGCUGCCUUGUUUGGACUGCUUACCAUGCCUUACAUGGUGUUUGGAUUUUCUAAACCAUCACAAACCUGAAGAUGUUAUGAGACAUCAACCUAGACGAGAACCUGGACUUCAGAGAGAAAAUGACAUUAGGGUGUCAUUAUUUGAAGGAAGAAUCAUCGAGGAAAGGGAGGAACACAGGUGUCAGACUUGGGACAAUGAUGAUGACAAGCGAUGGCUGACGGAGCAUCUGGAAGAACUAGACGACAGAGACCUGAAGUACGUCCAGCACUACCUUCACACUGCAGACGAGUCUAAGGUCGGCUUCAAACCCAUCAAAAGGCUGCAGGGUGCAGACAGACUGGACACAGCAGACCUGAUGACUGAGACAUACACAACAAACACCAGGGAGGUCACAAAGAAGAUUCUGGGGAAGAUUAAGAGCAAUAAAGAGAAAGAGUUCAGCAGGAUGCUUCUGGAUUUUGUGAGGAAGGUACCAAAAGAAACCUUGACACAACUCACAGAGGAUCUCAUGACAGCAAAUAUCUUGAAGUCAUCGGAGAAGGAGGCAAUCCUUCAAAACCACACCAGAGUAAACAUGGCCACCUGCUUAGUUGACACUGUAGUGGAAAAGGAAACCAAUGCCUCCAAAGAGAUGAUUCAUCAUCUUCAAACCAUCAAUCCACAACUGUGGUCUGAGCUACAGUCACCUUCUAUUGCAGGUCAAGAGUCUGGUGAAGAUCUCUUUGAUAAGGAAACACCCUUCAGGGACAUGAAGGAAAUCUGGCAGCCGGAAUCUCCUGAAAACAACAGUGAUGCUGUGUUUAAAGUUUGGCUUCUAGAUAUUUUGGAAGACCUGGACAAGAAGAAGCUGAAUUUAUUCCAGUGGUACCUUCAAACUGCAGACGAGUCCAAGGAUGGCUUCAAACCCAUCACAAAAUCCAAGCUGGACGGUGCAGACAGACUGGAAACGGUUGAUCUGAUGAUUAAGACAUACACCCCAAACACCAGGGAGGUCACAAAGAAGAUCCUGAAGAAGAUUGAAAGCAAUAAAGAGAAAGAGCUCAACAUGAUGCUCAGUGACUUUGUGAAGAAGGUACCAAAAGAAACCUUGACACAACUCACAGAGGAUCUCAUGAGAGCAAACAUCUUGAAGUCAUCGGAGAAGGAGGCAAUCCUUCAAAACCACACCAGAGUAAACAUGGCCACCUGCUUAGUUGACACUGUAGUGGAAAAGGAAACCAAUGCCUCCAAAGAGAUGAUUCAUCAUCUUCAAACCAUCAAUCCACAACUGUGGUCUGAGCUACAGUCACCUUCUAUUCCAGGUCAAGAGUCUGGUGAAGAUCUCUUUGAUAAGGAAACGGAUAAGACUGAGAAACCCCAAGUAGAGGAGCAGCAGGAAGGCCAGCAGGACUCAGAUAUUGUUAGUCGGUGUCAAAGUGACCUUAAAGAGUCUCUAAAGAAGAUGUUCCGAUAUCUGCAUGAAGACAAUGUUGAAGCUCAAAAUCAAACCUUUCAGAAUCAGAUCUCCACAGAGCUCUACAUCACAGAGGGAUGUAAAGUAGUCAAUGAUAAAAAUGUAGUCAAAGUAAGUAAAUGGAGACAGAUUCGAACAGCAUCCAGGAAACAUGGGUCAACAAUCACACAAGAAAAAAUGUUCAAACUCCCUCCUGGAAGAAAGGAACCAAUCAGAACAGUGAUGACAACAGGUGUGGCUGGAAUGGGGAAAACAGUCUUAACACAUAAGUUUAUUCUGGAUUGGGCUGAAGACAAAACCAACCAGGACAUUCACUUCAUAUUUCCAUUCACUUUCAGAGAGCUGAAUGCCUUGAAAGAGAAAACAUUAAGCUUGAUGGAACUCGUCAAUCUCUUCUUUUCUAAAAACAAAGAAAUGUGUAGCUUUGAACACUUAAAGGUUUUGUUCAUCUUUGAUGGUUUGGAUGAGAAUCGACUUACUCUGGACUUCCGCUACACUCAAAUCCUGACUGAUGCUACAGAGUCCACUUCAGUGGAUGUUCUGCUGAUAAACCUCAUCAGGGGGAAACUGCUUCCCUCUGCUCUCAUCUGGAUAACCACACAACCUGCAGCAGCCAAUCAGAUCCCAGAUGAGUUCAUUGACAUGGCGACAGAGGUCAGAGGGUUCACUGACACACAGAAGGAGCAGUACUUCAGGAAGAGAUUCAGAGAUGUGCAGCAGGCCAGCAGGAUCAUCUCCCACAUGAAGACAUCGCGAAACCUGGACAGCAUGUGUAACAUCCCAGAGGUCUGCCGGAUUGCUGCAGAUGUUCUGGAGAAUGAACUAAAGUUCAAAGAGGGAGCAGAGUUGCCAAAAACUUUAACUGAGCUGUACAUUAAGUACCUGGUGAUUCAGAAGAACAACAACAAGGAAAAAUACAGUGGUGGAGCUGGAAAUACAUACAUCCAAGAGAUGGUGGAGUCUCUGGGACGACUGGCUUUGGAGCAACUGCUUAAAGAAAAAUUUAUCUUCAACAAAUCAGACCUCAAACUGUAUGACCUUGACAUCAAAGAUGCCUUGUCCUCAGGAGUGUUCACUGAGAACAUUAAAGAGGAGAGAGGAUUAGGCAAAACUUCAGUCUACUCCUUUGUUCAUCUAAGCAUCCAGGAGUUUCUGGCUGCAGUCUACAUGGCUCACUGUUUCGCCAUUAGGAACACAGAGGUGAUAGAGAGCUUCCUAAGAGAAAACCAUAAUUACUCAUCUUUGGAUGAGUUCCUGAAGAAAGUCAUGGAGAAAUCCCUCAGGAGUAAAACCGGCCAACUAGACCAGUUUGUUCGCUUCCUUCAUGGCCUCUCUGUGGAAUCAAACCAGAGACUCUUAGGAGACCUGCUGAGGAAGACAGAGAACAGCCCUGAAACCAUUCAGAGAAUCAUCAGCAAUUUGAAGGAGAUGAACACUGAUGAUGUCUCUCCAGAGAGAAGCAUCAACAUCUUCCAGUGUCUGACAGAGAUGAAUGACCUGUCAUUUUUUCAGGAGAUCCAACAGCUCUUGCAAUCAGGGAAGAAGCUCUCACAGAGCCAGUGCUCAGCUCUGGCCUUCAUGCUGCAGAUGUCAGCGGAGGUCGUUGAUGAGUUGGACCUGGAGAAGUACAACACAUCAGAGGCGGGAAAACUGAGACUGGUUCCAGCUGUGAAGAACUGCAUAAAGGCUCGACUUGGUGGCUCUGAUCUCUCAGAGACUGAAUGUAAAGUUGUGGCCUCAGCUCUGAAGUCCACCCCCUCCCAUCUGAUGGAUCUGGAAGUAAGUAGGAUCAUUGAACUGAAAGACUCUGGAAUGAAGCAUCUGUGUGAGAUCCUGGAGAGUUCAGCCACUAAAGUGACGAUUCUGAGAUUGAAGUGGUGCAGGCUGUCAGAGAUCAGCUGUGCUUCUCUGGCCUCAGCUCUGAAGUCCAACCCCUCCCAUCUGACAGAACUGGAGCUGAGCAAGAACUACGACCUAAAAGACGCUGGAGUGAAGGAGCUCUGUGGUUUUCUGCAGACUCCUUUCUGUAAAAUACAAAAACUGACAUUGAAGGAGUGCAGGUUGUCAGAGAUCAGCUGUGCUUCUCUGGUCUCAGCUCUGCAGUCCAACCCCUCCCACCUGACAGAACUGGACCUGAGUGAGAACAAAAACCUGAAAGAUGCUGGAGUGAAGGAGCUCUGUGGUUUUCUACAGACUCCUUUCUGCAAAAUACAGAUAUUGAGACUGAACGGAUGCAGGUUGUCAGAGGUCAGCUGUGCUUCUCUGGUCUCGGCUCUGAAGUCCAACCCCUCCCAUAUGACAGAACUGGACCUGAGCUACAACAACCUGAAUCAGUCAGAUGUUCAGCAGCUGAAGGAUCUUGUAAAGAUUCUGAGGUGGGAACCAUCUUUGUUAAGGGAGAGAAGAUCAACUGUUUCCUGAUGAUGAAGCUGCAGCAGUUUAAGUUUAAAGAGUGUCACACUAACUGUGACCUGUCAGAUGUCCCACUUCAUUAAAAUAAUUAACAGUAGGAUAAUAUUUUAGUGCAAUUGAGGAGGUACUCAACUGUUAUGUUGUAUAUAAAACCUGAGUAAAAAUUAACAGGAGAUUGUAAAAUCACAUAAGGGAAACGUCAGGUGCCUCAGAUCUGUGAGUCUCCACAGCAAUCAGGAAUUGAGAAAGUUGUGGUUUCUGGACUGCUAAAGGCAGAGGACAGCACCUUUGAGAAAAAAUAUAUAUAUGUGUAUGUUUGUGUUUUAAGAAAAAACAUUCCUGUCAUGUUUUAAAAUUAAGUGCUAUUCUUACUGGAUAAUCAGAACAGUUCAUUCUGCCAGAGAAAGCAAUUAUUUUAAGAGUUAUUAAGAUUCUCCCUUUCUUAAAGGUGAUUAGUGUAUCAUGAGGAUUCAGAGAGAUUCGACAUUAGGAUGAUGUGACCCCAGAUCGGGGGCAGGUGUUACGAAUAAGGCCAGAUUUGACAAUUAGAUGGUUUUACUUUGACUUUGGUAUUUUAUGAUUUUUGUUGGCAUGAAGUAAUUAAUCUAGAACUUAUGAUUUAUUCUAUGCUGAAGAUUCAAGCUUAACAAGGAGGGUUAAAGUUGAAAGAAACAAAAAUCUGCAUAUUAUUUGUUAUCCCAAGUUAUUUGCAGUGAUGAAACAUGUUAAAUUGAAAAGGAAUAGUUGUCUCGUCUCCAUGCCUUUUAAGAAAACGGUUAGUUUUCAGAACCAGUCCAUGACGAGGUUUUACAAGUCAAACUCUAAAAUUGACAAUGCAAAGAAACACUUAAAAAAGGAAUAUGGCAUCAGUUCAAGCAAUGAGGUUAUGCUAUGCUGUUUCAACCUUGAUUUAAUCUUUUUCUUUCUGAAUCUAAUCAUGUAAUCAUGGAAAACCUGUGAUUUUGGUAAGUUGAUCAAAGCUGCCUGGGCUGUAGGGGAGACUGUGGUCAUUUUUCAUUUUUAGGAUCACUACAAAAAGGCAAUCUUAGUCUAAUUGCCAAAAUGUAUAUCUGCAUGUAUUUUUGGGAUGUUGUGCUUCUCUUUAAGCAAUCAGAAUGAAUGUAAACAUACUUUAUUCAUAAAAUAACAUCUUCAAUAAUAGUUAUCUCUUGGUUCAACAUAGCCCGUGUAUCCCCAGCCCUAUCCCUCCCACCCCCAACAGAAUGUUUCACUAGGGACCAUAAUGUUUACUUUGGGAAGUAAACAUUAUUUCAUAAUUAUAAUUAUAGUUCCUUUCUUAAUAUGUUUGCAAAGUUGAGACUCCGUGGCAUCUAAAGAAAAUAAUUUUAGCCUCCUUUUCAGAAGUGCAUUUUCUUUUUCAUCUGUGUAUCUCUUCAAUGUCAUUCUGACUAUUUUUGUAUGCAUUGCUCCUGAUCCAAUAGACUUCCCCUCACUAACUUCACUGGUGGCUCCCCUACUUGUUUUGUGCUAAUAUACUCGAGGCAUGAUGUCCACUGUAUAAUUAUGAAAAUGCAGAAUCUUUAUUUAAUAUAUUGAAGACACAUAGACAGCAGCUAAAAUAUGUGCAUUAAGUGUAUUUUGGUCAAUUGGCUCAACCUACCCAAAGCUAUGAAUUUGACUUUACCUUAGUCUACUGACCAUUUGAAAUUGUAAGAAGUCAAUAAAUGAUUUUUAUAACUCGGGAAUUGAAUGUUACAAAUAUCAAUCAUAAACAAUGUUGAGCAAUGAUAUCAAUAAUUGAAAGUAAUGUGAGGUAAAAGGUAAAUCGCUGAUUUAAUUAAUGUUAUGAUUAAAUGUGUAUAAAAUAUAUUAAUCUGUUGUAAGGGACAGGAAAUGACCCAGAUGUGGCAUGAAUGAAAAAGAUAUGUUUACUGGGACAAAGAGACAUGAAGAAAUGGUACACAAGGUGAGACAUGACGUGAGUUUAAAGAGGAAGCUCAUUGGAUGACAGGGACCAUGCACCUGCAAGCAACGGGAAGGUCACAAGAUUUUGCAAAGAUGUUCAGACUAGCUCUAGUGUGAUCAAAAGAUGGGCAAAUAGACAAAGGGUUACAGAACUACAAAAGAGGGACUCCAGACAGGGUGUAAUGGGGAAGCCAGUUAUGCUUCCAGACAGCAGAGACACAAUCCAGGUUCAGAGAUGCUCAUGACACAGGAAACAUGUCCUAAUAAGGACACAGAAUGAGUUAAGAUUCCAGAAGAUCACGUUCACACAGAAUCAUGUUAGGCUUAGAGGGCAUAUAAGAGCUCUCCUUGGAAACAUCCAGUGUUGUGUCGUGGGGACAGUCUUCAUGUUCACAUCAGGAGGUGAGCUGGUGAAGAACUAACCACCAAGGUUUGAGAAUCUAAAUCAGACUGAGUAAGUGCAUCUCUGAUGAGGCCAACCCACUAGCCAAGGGUUGAAGCUUAAAAAUCUAGAAUUACUCUCAAGUCUGCUGCUUCAUGCUGGGUUUGUUCUUUUUGUUGCAUACACAAUUGUUCAUAGGUUCUGUCAAGAACAAGCUCAAUGAGUUUUAAUUGGAUUAUUGGGGCUACAUCUACCCACAUUGGAGAAAAUUGGAUUAUACCAUGUUUUACACACAAAAAACAAAUGAAUCAACUUAGGUAUUUCCCUGAGGUAUAAGCCUCUCUCUGUCCUUGUAAAUUUAUUACAUCCAAAAAGUUCACUCUGCCACAGUUUUAGGGCAAAAUAAUUAAACAGAGUUCAACUGUUUUUGCUACUUGUUUUCUUUUUCUGAUUUGUUAAAGUUCCACUGUGUUCUGUACUUGUUGGCUUUGCA